CUCGUUCUUUUGAAUCAUCGUUUUUCAAUUGAUUUCAAUACCAUCAUUGGUAGUCGAAAGUCUUGCCUUGGAUACCUACCUACUCUAUGCCAUUCACAUCUAACGUUACUUCCGUUUCAACGUGAGUGUUUGUUUACACGCGACUAUUUACACCACUUUAAAUUCAGACCUCUCUUCUUCAGCUCAGCACAUUUCAUUAAGAACUUUCCCUGGCUAUCUAGAAGUCUCUCUCACAUUUAAUCAAUUCUCUACCCACCAUCAAGAUGCAUUCAAAAAUGAUCUCGGCGGUUAUUGCAGCCACAAUCCUCGCCUUGGCUCACGCACAAACUACAACUUUUCCCAUAACUGGUACCUUGGGCAAUGCAACCAUCCCCGAAGACAGCCCAGUCGGUCCAAUCUACGUCGCCACACUUCCAGAAACGGAGUUCUUUAAUCCUGAUGAUCCACGUGGUAACAUCAAAGGAUCUGUUUCCGCAACUGCAAACCCUGAUGGUAUUGGUGUUCAAUUCCAAGUUCAAUUUUCCAAUCUUCCUACAAGUGGUGGUCCAUUCCGUAAGUACCUCCAAUCAUACACACAUCUCCCUACCUCCAAUUAUCCACUCAUCUCCCCACCUCCCUCAUUAACACCCACCCAGUCUACCACAUCCACGCGCACCCCGUCCCCUCAGACGGAAACUGCACCGGCACCCUCGGCCACCUCGACCCUUUCAUCCGCGGCGAAACUCCCGCAUGCAAUUCCUCCCUCCCACAAACCUGUCAAGUAGGCGAUCUCUCCGGCAAAUAUGGAAAAAUAACCGCAGACCCCUUCCAAGCAUCCUACGUCGAUGAUUUCACAUCCACACUCCCAGGUCUCGGCAGUUUCUUUGGUAAUCGCUCUAUAACGCUACAUUUUGGAAAUACUACUCGAAUCACUUGUGCCAAUUUUACUUUGUUGGAUGGUGUUGUUGGGGGUAGUGAUGAUGGUGAAGGUACUGCGAAUAGUACUCGUGAUGGAUCGAAUGGGACGGCUACUAGUACUGGUGGUCCUUUACAGUAUACUGGUAUUGGCGCUGCGGAGAGGCGAGGUACUAGUGUGCAGGGUAUGAUGGUUGCUGUUGGUCUUGCUUUGGUGUUUGCUCUUUGAUGAUGGAUAUUCAUGGACAUGCAUAUACGAAGAUGAAAGAAAGAUGAUAAUGCGGUGGACACAUGGAGUUUGGCGUUGAAAAUAUCCACAUACACAGCGUAAAGCCUGGGAUCUACCUAUAAGGUUACGUUACCUAAUAAGCGCAAUAAUGAAGAGGAGUGGGUUAUUUACUACCUAGGUAGUUAUAUUUAGGUAAUUAUUUCAAUUUUAACAGGGAUUUGACAUCAUAAAUACU